AUGGCACUUAACAUUGACUGGAAAGAGCGGCAGACUAACGCCAAGGUGUAUGGACACCUCAUCAGAGCAUCUGAUAAGAUAGCUGCACAGAGGAUGAGACUUGCAGGGCUACCGUUUUAUUUUCGGAGUGGCUUCCUUGCUCUGCAGACGGCUGUUGACUCCCGGGUAUCAGGACGUUCCUUCUCAGAAGAUGUCACGAUGCAGAAAUUUCCUCAUGCUCCGUACACUAAGGAUCUGUAUCUAGCGAUGAUCCCUAUAGUACUGCCUCUGCUCCUGCUGCUGAUAUCAUACGGGCUGUUGGCUGCCGACCUAGUGAGAGAGAUAACCGAGCAAAGGACUCUAGGUAUCAAGGAGUUUUUGACAAUGAACGGGCUAAAAAGAUUGUCUUAUUGGGCUUCGUGGUAUUUGGUCGCCAUUGUUAUCUUCCUUCCAACCACACUACUAAACUUACUUGUACUGUUUGUGAGUAACGCGCUGGAGUACUCAGACAUCACAGUUAUCCUGGUGUUUCUCAUCAUCUUCACCCUCUGUUCAAGUGAAAUCUAG